UGCACAAGCAUUACACGUGGCCGCUAAAGAAUUGGCUGUUGUAUCGGUAUUAAUUAACUUUUCAUUUUAAUUUUAGAAAAAUUUUAAAAAUUAAAUAAAGUUAUGUUCUAUUUAGGCUGAUUAUAUCGAUGAAUAUCAAAAGUCAAAUCAGAAUACACAGUCAUGGAAUGAAACAUAUGGUCAGGCUAUUGCUAAAGCAGCCGAUGCUGAAAGAGAAAAAUAUGAAGCUGAUCAAGAACAACAAAAAGCACAAAAUGAAUAUGAAGUUUUAGAAAAAUUAGUUGAAAAAUUACAAAAAGACUAUAGACGUUCGAUAAAUAAAUCCAAAUUGUACUACGAAAUGAAAGCUGACUUUCAUAAAGAAUUAGAGUUUCAAAAACGGAAAGUUUAUGGAUUAGAAAAUUGUGUAUGUGAAGCUAAAGCCCAGUAUCAAGAGUCGUUACGUAAUUUAGAAAAAAUAAGUAAUGAAAUACAUGAACAACGAAAACAAACAAAAACAAGGCGAGAAUUGGGCGAACGAACAGCUGGAGUUGGAUCAGAAGAACCAUCGAGUGUUAUUGAAACCGAAAAACAGUUUAUAUCUACUCCACCGAAAUCUAAUCCACCAUUACCGUUCAAUUUGAAAACAGAUGAUCCAACAUUGAAGAAACAACGCGAUGCAUUGUCAUAUUUUUUACGUACAGAAAAAUUACCAGCUGGUGUGUUUACUUUACAUGACAGAGAUAGUCCUGAGGGUGGUGAAACGCCAACAAACAAUAGUCCUUCUUUUGCACCUUCGAAACCUAUUGUUUGUCCUCUUGGUUUAACUGUUCCCUCGUCAGAUGCAUCUUCUCUAACAAACGAAUCACAAUCUCAAUCCAACUAUCGUCGAAAAAUAAGUGACGUCACAUCAAUCACGACAACAUCCGACUAUGACGAAGAGGAUACCGAUGAUGUUUUAAGUGUUUUAAACGAUGAACAAAUUGAACAUUUAGCAGGAUUACAUUUUUACGAAAAGCCUACGCAACCAACAGGUAUGGAAACAAAGCUUUCCGACGACUUGCUAAAUUCACUGAGUAAUCCACAUUCAAAGUUAGUCAUGAACUGA